UGAUUUUGCAUUUCCAGGAAGAGAACUGUAUGUAAACAAUACAGUUCUCUCCCCUGUCAGCUCCUGCACACUGCUUUGCAUGGCUGUGCAUAGCAGAGCCAUACAAAUCAGUGUGCUUACAGUGGAAAGCACACACAGCCCACAGUAAAACAGUGCAUAUCACACAGUUAACCCUUUGAUCGCCUCUCAUAUUAACCCCUUCAUGCCCAGUGCCAUUAGUACAGUGUCAUUGCUUUUUAUUAGCACUGAUCACUGUAUUGAUGUCACUGGGGAUGUCAGUGACAACAAGUCAGUUUCCCCCAGUGUCAGAAUGCCUGCCGCAGUCCCACAUUCCUACUAUAAGUCGCUGAUCACUGCCAUUACAAGUAAAAAUAAA